GUGGGAAGGAUAGAAUCACCAUUAUUAAAUUCCAGAUUUCGCUAUUGGAUAAGGAAACUAAUUAUAUUAGAUUCUGAUAAACAAAUCGCUAAAAUAAGGAAAACCCCACCCCCGCUUACAUUAGCGAGACAAAUGAAACGUCGUUUGAAUCCACGUCGAAACCCGCUGAUGGGUGCGCAUUGCGCCAUCGACGUCCGGCCAAAUCGGUUUGUUUAUAUAUAUAUAUUCUGGAGCCAGACGACACUCGCAGAGGAGAGAGAGAGAGGAGAGAGAGAGGAGUUAACCAUCUGUAUGUACGAUUCACCAAGGAAUCUGCACACAGUAAGAUUCAUACGAUUCUUCCACUAUACGUAUAGAUACUCAUGACAUAUAUAUAUAUAGCGUAUUGAAGCUAUUGGCCUCGGCGUUGCCAAAGUUAUAGCUGGUUCUUUGACGUCGUCUUCGUCCGCGUCGUUGUCCGCUUGCGCCUUUGAAUCUGCUCUUCACGUGAACCGCGUGUGAUCAGCGUUGUUGUUUCGUUUUCGAACAGUACGUCGCCGUUUCGAUUUUCCUGUGUCAGUCUGCCUGCGCGUGCUUUUUUCUGUUAUCUGGAUUUUUGGAAGAUAUAUUUUUUGGAAAAGGGGGGGAUGGGAGACACGGAGAGUUGUAGUAGUACGGCGACCGAGUCGGCGUCGACCAAGAGGCGGAUGAGGAGGCAGAAGUUCGACGUUUAUGAGGAUAUAUGUCAGAGGCUCAGGGCUUCGGAAAACGAAGAGGCGAGUCAACCAGGUUUCGAGGAUGAGUUGUGGAAUCACUUCAAUCGAUUUUCUUCUAGCUAUGCAACAGCUGUGUACGUAGAGCAGCCAGAAGAUGUUAUUAUGCACAUGAAGUUGCUGGAUCGGGCAGUAGACCCUACUACUAGACCUGCUUUUGAACUCCGUAUUGUGCAGGUUCCCGUGACUGAUGUAAGCUGCGGUGAAACUGUUCAUUCGACGAGAAAUGUGGAUCCACAAACUUCUGAUGGUUCUACCACGCAGAAGCAAGAUUAUAACAGUCGUCCAACAUAUGCCUUUGGCUUGUCACCAAGCCUUGAAGUUACUGAGGCUAACAAUUCAAAUGGUCAAGGUGGAGGUGAUGGUGAUGGCGAUGGUGAACCGCACUUUUUUCGACGUUUCUUCGAAAUUACGAUUUCCACAGUUGACAAGCCAAAACUCCUCAGUCAGUUAACUUCCGUACUUUCUGAUAUUGGGCUGAAUAUCCAAGAAGCACAUGCCUUUUCAACUACAGAUGGUUACUCCUUGGAUAUAUUUGUUGUCGAUGGCUGGUCAUCUGAGGAAACAGAGGGGCUUAAAGAUAUAUUGCAGAGGGAAAUUCCUAAGAUUGAGAAUCAAUUUAGGUUGAAACAUCAAUUCAAAUCGCCCGCUAAGGUGUUGUGUCAAACUGAGAGUGAGCUAAGUCAUGAAUAUGUGAAGAUACCUACUGAUGAGGGUGAUGUCUGGGAACUUGAUCCCGUGCUGUUGAAAUUCGACCACUUAAUUGCUACUGGAUCAUGUAAAGAAUUGUAUAAAGGUACUUACGGUAGUCAGGAUGUGGCCAUCAAAGUUCUUAGGGGUGAAUAUCUCAAUGCAGACGUGAAGAGGGAGUUUGGUCAGGAAGUUUUUAUACUGAGAAAAGUUCGGCACAAGAAUGUCGUGCAGUUUAUUGGUGCUUGUACAAGACCUCCUAGCUUAUGCAUUGUGACAGAGUUCAUGUCUCGUGGGAGUGUUUUUGACUAUUUGCAUAAGCAGAAGGGAAUUUUCAAGCUGCCAGCCAUGCUGAAAGUAGCAAUUGAUGUCUCUAAGGGGAUGAACUACUUGCACCAUAAUAAAAUAGUCCAUCGAGACCUCAAAGCUGCCAAUCUUUUGAUGGAUGAAAAUGAUGUUGUUAAAGUAGCUGAUUUUGGUGUUGCUAAAGUGCAAACCCCAACUGGAGUGAUGACUGCAGAAACUGGAACUUACCGUUGGAUGGCUCCAGAGGUUAUUGAACACAAGCCCUAUGAUGGCAAGGCUGAUGUUUUCAGCUUUGGAAUUGUGCUGUGGGAGCUGCUUACUGGAAAGGUUCCAUACGAACAGUUGACCCCGUUACAAGCAGCUGUUGGUGUGGUUCAAAAGGGUUUAAGGCCUCUGGUACCACCGAACACUCACCCAAAGAUGGCCGCGUUGCUUGAAAGAUGUUGGCAGCAAAACCCAUCUUCAAGGCCAGAUUUUUCUGAAAUAACAGAGAUGUUGCAUCAAAUAUUAAAUGAGGUUACAAAAGAAAGGAAGGCUGUUCAUUCACCCAAAAAGAAAGAAGAGAAGAUUGUUACAAGGAUUCCCUUUUUAGGAGGCAGUUCUAAACACACUGAUAGGUGUGCAGUGAAAAAGCAAGAGAGCGCAGAUGGUUGAUAAUCUUUUUAUACAGAGUGCUCACAUAGUUUCCUUGUUUUAUAUCGUCAUUUGGUUUCAAUCUAGUCUGUACUUGUCGAUGAAAGUUAUUUAACCGUAGCCCCUACCACCCUCGUGCUUUUGUAGCGAGGAUGUAUAUAUAUCUUCUUUUUUGUUUUUGUUUGUUUUUUUUUUUGGGGGGGGCUGUAGCGAGUUUGGCCGGGCUGUGGAGGAUGACUUAGCUUCUGAGUUUGUUUUUUUCCCCCAAAAUACGAGGUCUUCCAGAUUGUAAUGGAAAAAGCAAUCGGUGUGUUUGUUGUGCCAAUGAAUCUUUCAUCGUGGAGGGACUGUUUGAUAACCGGGAUAGACUUAUAGUGAGAUUAUUAAUGAGGUGGAAUUGUGAUUGA